UGCAGUUUUUUGCCAAUAAAAAUAUAUCUGAAACGUACUUUGACCCGUAAAAGAUCUUUCCACUACUAUUUAUUCAUCCUUCUUAACUCUUAGACUCCAUAACAUCUUUCUUGACAUGUCUGUUCUUGUGGAUGAUGGAAAAGCUAAAAAUUCUAAAUCUUAGUCAUUCUCAUUGUCUGACGCACACCCCAGACUUUUCAUACAUGUCAAAUCUUGAAAAGCUAGUACUCAAAGAUUGUUCAGUGUUGUCCGAGAUUUCUCCUAGCAUUGGGAAUCUCAGUGAAAUUCUUCUAAUAGAUUUGGAAGAUUGUGUUAGCCUUCGAAGCCUUCCAAGAAGCAUCUAUAAGUUGAAAUCUCUGAAAACUUUCAUUCUCUCAGGGUGUAUAAUGAUUGAGAAGUUGGAAGAGGACUUGGAACAAGAGUGCCCUUUUCAGUAGUAAGGUCAAAAAGCAUCGGAUAUAUUUCUUUGUGUGGCUAUGAAGGAUUUUCACGCGAUGUAUUUCCAUCUAUCAUCUGGUCUUGGAUGUCACCAACAAGUUCUCUUUCAUCCCAAGUUCAAACAUCUCCUGCGAUGUCAUCUCUGGUUUCUUUAGAUAUACCGCAUAGUAGCUCCCAAGAGCUGUCAACUAUUUCCAUCCACCUUUCAAGGCUUCGAAGCCUAUUGGUAGAGUGUGGCUCAGAACUACAACUUUCUGAAGAUGCACAAAUCAUUUUGGAUGCCUUAUAACACCACAUUUUCUAAGGAAAUGGAAUCGACUUCAGCUACUUCACAAGCAUCAAAUAUGAAAACUUCUGCAUUAAUUCAACGUUGCAAUCAAUUGCAAGUUUCCAGAUCAGAAGAUUACUUAAAGUCUGUUCUAAUACAAAUGGGAAUGAAUUGCCAAGUAACCAAUAAUCUAAAAGAAAACAUUUUACAGAAUAUGGAUGAGAAUGGGAGUGGUGGUUGUUUGCUUCCUGGUGACAGUUAUCCAGAUUGGUUAACCUUCGAUUCUGAAGGUUCUUCUGUUACUUUUGAAGUCCCUCAAGUGGAAGGGCGAAUGUUGAAGACAAUAACGAUAUGUGCUGUCUAUUCUUCAACUUCGGAUAGUAUAACAUCUGAUGGCCUUGGAAACUUGUUAGUGAAAAAUUACACAAAGGCCACCAUUCAGCUCUACAAGAGAGAGGCAGUAGCCGCCUUUGAAGAUGAGAAGGGGCUGAGAGUAGUAUGAAGUAUAGAACCUGGUAACAAAGUGGAGGUCGUUUUUGUUUUUGAGAACAGUUUCAUUGUGAAGAAGACAGUAGUUUAUCUCGUAUAUGAUGAACCAAUUGGCA